AUGGAGGCUGCGUCCGCUCGCGCUGCGGCUAGGGAUCGCUGGGGAGAGAUGGGAUUCCCGACGCCCUCUCAGCUACAGCGCUUCAUCUCCUCCGCAUGCAGUCCAGAGAACUACGAGCCCAAUCUGGCUCUGAACCUCGAAAUCGCCGACCUGAUCAACAGCAAGAAGGGGCAGGCGCCUAGGGAGGCCGCCGUUGCGAUAGUCGGAUACAUCAACCACCGCAACACCAAUACCGCCAUGCUAGCUCUGAACCUCCUAGACAUCUGCGUCAAGAACUGUGGCUAUCCUUUCCAUCUGCAGAUCAGCACCAAGGAGUUCCUCAAUGAGCUCGUCAGGAGAUUCCCCGAACGGCCCCCCAUCAGACCAACCCGCGUCCAGGGCAAGAUCCUCGAAGCGAUCGAGGAGUGGAGGAGCACAAUAUGCGAGACCAGUCGGUACAAGGAGGACCUUGGCUUCAUCCGCGACAUGCACAGGCUUCUCAGUUACAAGGGCUAUACUUUCCCCGAAGUGCGCAGAGAUGAUGCCGCCGUCCUCAACCCCAGCGAUGAAAUGGCCGAAGAAGAAAAGGAGGCACAAUCCGCAAAGCUCCAAGAGCUCAUUCGCCGCGGAACUCCGGAGGAUCUGCGCGAAGCCAACAAGCUCAUGAAGGUCAUGGCUGGCUACGACACCAGAUCGAAGACGGACUACCGCGCAAAAGCAGCCGAGGAGGUUGGCAAGGUUCAGGCCAAAGCCAGACUUCUGGAGGAAAGGCUCGAGGCUAUCCAGCCCGGUGAGAAGCUCGAGGACGGAGACGUUUUCGAAGAGCUCGCCGCAGCCCUGUCGAGCGCGCAGCCCAAGAUCCAAAAGAUGUGCGAGGAAGAGUCGGAAGACCACGAAGCGGUGGCCAAGCUCCUCGAGAUCAACGACAGCAUACACCGGACUGUUGAGAGGUGGAAGCUGGUCAAGAAGGGUGACUACGAGGGUGCUGCUAAAAUCGCCCAGGGCGCACCUAUACCUUCACUUCAAAGUACCGCCAAGCCAGGCGCAAGCGGCGGUUCUGCCGCGAACGAAUUGUCGCUCAUUGAUUUCGACGGGGAUGCUUCCGGGACUAACGGUGCGAGCAACAAUGAAGGCUCUAGCUCUCAGGCCGGCGGACUUGAAAAUGAUUUGCUCGGACUUUCCAUGGGCGAUAGUGGUGGUUUCGGUCAAGCGGGUGGAAUCUCCCUUGGAUUUGGUGCCAACCCUAAUGUGCCUGGUUUAUUAUCUUCGACGACCCAGAACUCUACUGCAGGCGGUGUUCCCACGACUACCUCUCCUCCACCACAAGCUUUCUCUCCCUUUUCCGCUUUCACUUCUGCCCCAUCAGCUUCACAAUCCAAUACCCCCCAACCCAAUUUUAUGUCUGCCUUCGCACCACCAAAGGCCUCCGCGCCUGCCAACGACCCCUUCGCUUCUUUGACAUCCCCACAGUUCGGCUCCAAGCCUGCGACCCCUAAGCCCGCGGCACCCGCACCAGCUGUGUCUAACGAUGAGGAUGAAUGGUCCUUCUCCUCCGCACUGCCGAGCGAUACCCCAGCCUUGCCGAAGGAGCAUUCUGCAGUGGUUAAGGAGGGUCAGCUACGCAUCGAUAUGAAGGCUGCCAGGUCACCACAAGCCCCUGCUGCCAUCGCCCUGUCUUUCGCUUUCUCGAACGCGACACCGCAGCCCAUCAGCGAGUUACACUUUGAACUAGCUGUAACGAAGGGUUUUGAGCUCCAAGUCCAGCCCCAGACAGGCCGCAGUCUCAGUGCCAGCCAGAGAUACGGCGUCACCCAGAACAUGCAGGUCUGGUACACGGGAGACCGGUCGAGAAAGGUCGAGAGCAUCAAGCUGAGAUGGCGGAUGAGCUACAAGCUCGGCGCCGAGACGAAGACCGAGGUCGGCACUAUUCCUGAGUUUGGGUUGGCGUAG